GGUCUUUUUUCCUCAGGUCUCAUAAGUUGCUCUUAUCCGAAUUUAAGGGUUUUGUUUCUUCAUCUCCUGCGAUUGUCGAAUUCUCGAAACCCUAAUCGUAGCAAUCAGGGCUUUGUGUCCUAAUUGUUUACUCCCUCAUAUCAAUUAAGGUUCAUGUCUGAUCUCGACAGCCAGAUUCCCACUACCUUCGAUCCGUUUGCAGAUGCAAAUGCUGAGGACUCGGGUGCUGGAACUAAGGAGUACGUGCACAUUCGUGUUCAGCAGCGUAAUGGUAGGAAAAGCUUGACAACAGUGCAGGGACUGAAGAAAGAAUACAGCUAUAGCAAGAUCCUAAAGGACCUCAAGAAAGAGUUCUGCUGCAAUGGCACUGUGGUUCAGGACCCUGAACUAGGACAGGUUAUUCAGCUUCAAGGCGACCAGCGGAAAAACGUCUCCACGUUCCUUGUUCAGGCGGGGCUUGUGAAGAAAGACAACAUCAAGAUCCAUGGUUUCUGAGUGAAGUGCUUUUCCCUAAAACCAAGUCUUCAACUAUAAACGACCGCUCUCUCCCUUUGUGUUUGUUUGUCUUCUUUUUAAUGUUUUAUGAUGCUCGAGUAUAAACCAGUUUUCUUCUUCUUA